GAUUCGAUUUUGUUUUGUCAAAAUCUUUCUCUUUAUGAUAAUGGCUUUUGCUUCCAUUGAGGCGCAUUAAGCCAUUUUGUCAAAAUCUCUCUCCCAACUUUGUACAUGUUGAUAGAUGAAAAAUGAAUUGUUUCCAAAUGUAAACAUGGAUGUGCGCUUAGUGCCCCUGUGAAUAGGAUGCCGAAAAUACUUGGCAUUGAUCCCUUUCCCUAUCUUUGGGCAACCAUGAUCUACGGCGUUGCUAUUAUGAUCUUCUCGAGACCUUCCAUGAGAGUAAUCUUCCCGUUAAACAGGAUUGCAUUUGGCAUGCUGGGGUCGCUGAUGUUCAACCAUGCAAGUAUGGUGUGUUUCAAAUACUUAUGUACAGUUUUUCCCGACAGACCUUUUAUGCGAACCUUCAUGGGAUUUUUGAGCGGACGACUUAUGAUGGUCCAUCUGUUAGCGUUCCUUUACCAUAUAGAUACCAGAACUAACAUUCCCGAUUUGUACGUGACCAGAGAUGUUGCCUUUGAAGGAAUGUAUUCAGUUUACUGACAACAUUAUACUUUUUGGAUCUU